GUAGCGGGCAAAGACGUAAUGAAUGAUUAACACGUCUAAUUUGGGGAUAGGUAAGAUCCAUAGAUUUACUUCAUGCAGAGGAUGAGAUGAGGCGCACGAAUCCGGUUCCCAUUUUUUAUGGUAACACCACUUCAUUCAUUCUACUACUAUAAUGUAACCACUUCUUUUCUUACACUCAAAUGAGUUUACGCCUCCAUUUCCAAUCCAUCGUCACCCCCAAUUUUCUCCAUUACACACCAAGGGUCUCGUUUUCUACUUUUUCUUCUGCGAAAAUGGAGGCUAUCAAAUCGAGUUCGGAAUCGACCGUGGCUGAUCCUGUUUUGCUCCACUCCAAAAUUGCCGCUAUUCGUUCCGCCGGUCCUCAAAAGCUUCAGGUGAUUGCUGAUUUUGAUGCUACAUUGACAAAGUUUUGGGUUAAUGGAACUCGUGGCCAAACUAGUCAUGGCCUUUUGCAGCAAGAUAAUCCAGAAUAUAAUGCUAAAAGACAACAGUUAUAUGAACGUUACCAUCCAUUAGAAUUUUCUCCUACUCUUGGACUUGAAGAGAAAAGGAAACUCAUGGAAGAGUGGUGGGGAAAAACACACGGUCUUCUUAUGGAGGGAGGACUUACAUAUGAAUCAAUAAAACAAUCCGUUGCUAAUGCUAAUAUAGCUUUUAGGGAAGGUGUUUCUGAGCUUUUUGAAUUUUUGGAGGAACAAGAUAUUCCUGUAUUAAUAUUCUCUGCAGGGCUUGCGGAUAUCAUUGAAGAGGUUCUAAGACAGAAACUUAAGAGAUCCUUCAAAAAUGUGAAGAUAGUAUCGAACAGGAUGGUUUUUAAUGAUGAUGGUCAACUUGUAUCUUUCAAAGGAAAAUUGAUUCACAGCUUAAAUAAAAAUGAGCAUGCUCUUGACAUGGCUGCGCCUGUUCACGAACACUUUGGUGAUAUCGAUGGUCCAACUGAUGAUAAUGAUUUGCUAAAGAAGAGAACCAAUGUUCUCCUCCUUGGUGAUCAUACCGGAGACUUAGGAAUGUCCGAUGGUUUAAAUUACGAUACUCGAAUUUCUGUGGGAUUUUUGAACCACAACGUUGAGAACUCAAUUAGCAUCUACAAAGAAGCUUUUGAUGUUGUUUUAGUGAAUGAUGCGCCUAUGUGGGAAGUUAUCAAAUUGGUCUCUCAGAUGUGUUCAAUUGAGAAGUGAUUGUUUGCAGAAUUCAUAUAUCCUUAGCAGUAUCAUCUUUUAUUUUUAUCCUACACAUCCCAAGGUUCCUCUUUAAUUCCCCUUAUGAAGAAUGCUAACAAGUAACAAAACACUCCUUAGACACAAUUUGGUGAUUAGUUAGUUAUACUAGGACAUAGUUUUAUUUACUCCUAUGCAUAUCUGUAUGGCACACAAACUGCAUUUUCAGUUGUGAGGGGUUAGUUCAUUCUGUUUGUCGCUUUUUUUUUUCC